ACAAAAGCGGCAGGCACGCGGCCAAAGCUGCCCCGCCGGCGCCCGCCGGAGCCAACGCCAGCGGACGACGGCCGCGCCAGCAGGCCGACUCGACUCCGGGAACCGACGGCCCGCGGGGCUGCCCGCCGGAAGCAGCACCAGGACAAACAAGCAGCCCAAAAAGACUUGGCUGCCCGCCGGACCAUGGAGACCGCAUCAAGACGCCACGCGAACCCGUUUCAAGCUACAAGAGAACUAAGACGAAGUGUAGCUGUCACCCGCUACGACGAGCCCGUCACUUCGCAUUCCUUCCCGGGCAACAAGGCGAGGAGGCCGCGGCCGACGAACGGUGCCCUGUCGCCCCAGAUCGAGACCGCUGUUGCGCAGGCCGGCGAGCAGCGCGCGAGACGAGUCAGGAACGACCUCGAGAAGGACGUCCGCAAGGCAAGGGAAGACUUAAGGGUGGUCACGCACUACGAAACAAGGCGAUCAAGGUCCUAUGACGAGGGCGAGGACGUGCAAUCAUUGAAACAGAUCAUCAAGGACCAACAGCGACGGAUCAGCGAAUUAGAAGCUGAAAAUGAAAGAUUAAAAAUGGAAAAAGUUCUGGGAACGGGCCGAGAGCGUCCGGUCCGCAUCCAGUCGGCGGCCGACGCGCCGCGCGACCCCAUGCCCCGCGAUCGCUACGCCGAGUCGCAGACGCCGACGCGGGCGCACCACGAGCAGCGGCGGGACGUCGCGCUGCAGCGCGCGACCCGUAGACAGCGCAAGCCCGAGCCGCGGUACGUCGAGCCGCCGCCGGGCACGCCGCCGCCGCCCGACGGCGAGCCGCCGCCGACGCCUCGGGGGGAAGUGCGGAUCCCCCAGGAGGCGUCGCAACGAUCAUCUAGGAUGAGACGAGCUAGAGAUGAACAAAGAAUGCGUGAGGACUUGGCUAGGACGGUGUCCGUGACCCGAGACGACGAACCGCUCACGUUGUACGUGGCCCACGACAACGUGCCCCUCGGCGAGGCCAUGCGCGGGAAGAAAUCAGACGUCUUGGUCGAGACGAAGCAUUCAUCUGGAAAGCUCUGCUUCGUCUACGGGCGGGUCGGGUAUUCCGGUCCUGCCGGCGAGGCGCCGGACGCUUCCGGUGCUUUGCAGUUGGGUUCUCGAGGCUGCUGGGUGUUAUCCUUAGAAUCGUGCCACGCGCGCUGCGUCGAUCCGGCCACGAAACGGCGAUUAGCGACCUUCGAGUGCUUGUCUCUGAUCGAAGGCGAGGCCAUCCCCUUUUCGUCUGUGGAGGACUGUCGUUCAUUUUUUAGAGGGUGUACCAGUCGUGUUGACGUGGUCCUCGCGCCGCAGCGGCUGCGGGACGACGGCCGGCCGCCCAAAUCUCUGGUGUCCGUCAAUGAAGCUCCCUAUCUCCCCUACUGGGACACGGACUCGCCGCCACGAAGAUUAGCCCCUCAGUUCCGGAGUGCGGGUGUGGGCUACAUCCGAUUAGGGGACGACAUGUCGCGCAACGGCCUCAGCUUCAUCUCCUGCGACGCGGCUAGCUUUUUACUGGACGCGGGCCACGCUCCCAGCGCGUCAUCAACGGGACGGCGCCGGUUGGAGGUCGCCGCGCCCGUGGAUCCUUCACCAUUGGCGCGGACGCGGAAGGGCGCGCCGGCGGUGCACCAGUGGUGACGGUCUCGUCUUUAUUAAGUAGGGUUCGAAAACUGACCAUUACGCGCUCCCCUCCGGCGACGGCGUCUCGCGGGCGCGGAGAAGCGCCUCACCGGCACGGACCGCUUCUCGCAAGCGUCGCGCGGUAUCCUCCAUCCCCCCCACGUCCGGAUGCGCGCUCCCGAGCACGCGCAGCGCGGUCGG